AGCGCGGCUCAGUGUUCGUCGUGGCGGCGAUGGGGGCUUCCGGCGGCUCUUCCUCCUCCUCCUCCGUGGCGGACGCUCCCCGCUUGGCCCGGCAGCUCUUCCUCGGCGGACUGGCCGCCGCCUACCGCCGCUUCGCCUCGCUCUACCUCCAGGUCCCCGGCCUGUAUGGGAAAGAUGGGAUCCUUCCGGCCCGGAAGAUGCUCCGCUUCACCGGCAAGGGCUUCUGGGAGCAGCUGCGGGAUUCGCCCACCCUGCUGUGGCUUGGGCCUCAUGUGGGCCUGGACACGGAGCAAGGCAUGGAGCUGCUCUGUCUCCUGGGGACCUUGCUUUCCUUCGGGGCCCUGAUCCUGGAGCCUCUGCGUGACAGCCUGGUCUUCCUGCUGCUCUGGGCCCUCUACUUCUCCCUGUACCAGGUUGGGCAAGUAUUCCUGUAUUUCCAGUGGGACAGCCUCUUGCUGGAGACGGGUUUCCUGGCCAUUCUGGUGGCCCCGCUGCACCUGUUGAAGUGGCGCUCAACAGCCUGGCGGGCACAUGAUGGGGUGACCUUCUGGCUGGCUCGCUGGCUUCUUUUCCGCCUGAUGUUUGCCUCUGGGGUGGUGAAGCUGACCAGCCGCUGCCCCACCUGGUGGGGGCUCACAGCUUUAACAUACCACUACGAGACCCAGUGCAUCCCCACACCGGCCGCAUGGUUUUUCCAUCAGCUACCUGUCUGGUUCCAGAAAUUCAGUGUGGUGGGCACCUAUGUCAUCGAGAUUGCCAUUCCACCGCUCUUUUUUGUGCCAAUUCGCCGGCUUCGCCUCUUUGCCUUCUAUAGCCAGAUUCUUUUGCAAGUCCUGAUCAUCAUCACAGGCAACUACAACUUCUUCAACCUCUUGACUGUGGUGCUGAGCUUCUCCCUGCUUGAUGAUGAACACGUGGGACUGUGGUUGGGCCACGGCCGGAGGAAGACAAGCAGCACCAGGCCCCGGAGUCUGUUGUCCAUCCUCUCCCUCCUGUCUGAGCUGGGCACCUAUGGCCUCCUGGUCUACUGGACCAGCCUCUACUUUGAACUGGAGAUCAACUGGGAGAAAAAGCGUCUGGAAUCCAAGACAGCUUUCACAUACCACGAGUUCAUGCAGUGGCUGAGGAUGGUGACUCUCCCUCUUGUGGGCUUUGGAUUCCUCUCCCUGGUUUGGGAGAUCCUUCAGGCUGGAUACAGGAGUGCUUGUGUGCGGGGCUUCCUUUGGAAACUCUGGGCUACAACCCAGUGGGCCAUCUUUGCUGUGGCAGCUUUGGGGAUGUUCACCAUCAGUCUGGUCCCCUUCACCUACAUCGAGUAUGAAUCCAAUGGGAAGCUGUGGCCCAGCGUCCACCAGCUGUUCAGCGCUGUUGACCGAUACCAGCUGGCCAAUUCUUACGGUCUCUUCCGGCGGAUGACAGGGGUUGGGGGGCGCCCUGAAGUUGUGGUGGAAGGCAGCUAUGACAAGAAGACGUGGACGGAGAUUGAGUUCAUGUACAAGCCAGGCAAUGUCAGUGCGCCUCCCCCUGUGGUCAUCCCUCACCAGCCCCGUCUGGACUGGCAGAUGUGGUUUGCUGCCCUGGGCCACCACACUCACAGCCCCUGGUUCACCAGCUUCGUCUAUCGCCUCUUGCAGGGCAAGAAGGAAGUGAUCCAUCUUGUGCAAGUAGAUGACUCCAAAUACCCCUUCAGGUCGAAUCCACCUUCCUACAUCCGGGCUCAGCUGUACAAGUACUGGUUCAUGGAGGGUGCUGAGGACGGGUCUCUCCCUCAGCAGUGGUGGAGGAGGCAGCGGAUUGAGGAAUUCUACCCCAUUGUCUUCCUGGGUGACUCCAACUUGGAUGCCCUUUUAGCUCAGCAUGGGCUUAAGGACAAGACCCCCCUGAAGCGCCCCUCAUCUUCCUUCUUGCCGAUGGCCUUGCAGCGAGUGCGGGAGUUCGUCCACCCUCACACCAGCCCUGCUGUCAUCUGGUCCUUGUACCUCACCGCGGCGGCCAUUUCCCUCCUGAGGGUGAUGGGGGGCUGGCUGCUGGCAGGAGGUGGACCAGCUGGGGGAAAGCAUAAGACUGCCAAGCGGAUGGAUCCCGGCGUGGCUGAUGCUGGUGGGGACCUGGCUGGCAACGAGAAGAAUGGACAGCUGAGAAGGAAAGAGGCGGCCGCCACAGAAAGGUCCUCGGGGGUGGCGGCGGAGCCCCUUACGGAUGGGCUGAGGAACAUCAAGAAGAAGAAGUAGCCGUCUCGCCAUCACUGUCUUCUGGCCACUGUGACUGACGCCACCAUUUUCCUCCUGAACAAUGCCUCCACGCUCUCCUUGGACCAGUUCCUCGUAGGGUAUCUUAGGCGUGGGCAACUGGUAUGUGGCACGUUGUGUGUCACUGGGUCUGGGGCCUUGCUCAGAAUCUCCUUGCUGUUGCCUCAAGGUCCCUCAUUUUUCUCUCUUUCACCCCACAUCUCCCAUUCAGAGUUGUUGGUCUGCUUCAUUUAAACAAGGCUCUGUGAGAUUGGGAUCCUGUUGAAUUGCCCUCUUCAUGAAUGUGUCCCCCUUUCCCCUCCUUCUGCCUGAGGAUGUGGGCUCAGUUGUGAUUCGGGGCUCUUCUUCUUAGACCUCCAAUCCUUAAUCAUGUCUCUGAAUUGAGCCCCCCAUGCCUUGGAGCACUCUAAGGAGAGGGUGGCCUCUGCGGAAAUCUCGGUGCCAGGGCUGAGAGGUGGCCAUCAGAGACCAGAGGGUGGGCAUUCCCCCCCCCGCCAUGCUUCUUCUUAUCCCCCCUCCCCCCAAAAAAACAAAACAAAACCAGGCUGCAGUUUCAUUCCUGACUCAAUCAAAAGUGGAAUAUUGCAAUGCCACUUUUGCUUUAGAUUUUGGACCUUGGUGUUUUUGUUUUGGUUUAUAUUUUUUCUGACGGUUAUUUUGGCUGCAAAACUGACCAAUUUUAAACAUGUUUUAGGGCCUUUGGGGCCCAACACAUGGCCCUUUCCCCACCUUCCUGCUGCAGAAACAUAAUCCCAUACAGCUCUUGAGGAUGUGGUCAGAAGUGCUGUCCAUUGUCCUUUGACACUAGCUAUCUUGUGAGACUUAGUGCACCAUGCUGUGGCUUCUGGCAGAUUGUUUGGAGCUGGCAUAAAAGGGGGGUGGUCUGCACUUUUUUGUUUUUGGGUUUGUUUCUUUUGAAGGGAGGGAAUACAAUGAAGAAGAGUCUCCUUUCCUUUCCCUCCCUCAAUUGGAAAUGGUGGCUUCUCACACUCCCUGUUUUUUUUUAAUGAGAAUGGAAGAGUUUGGGCUUCCAUAGUACCAGAAUUGGGGGAAGGGUCUUAUGGCCUUCCUACAGCCUCCCUCCGCAAUACUCCUCUGACUAAUUGGCCAGCCCAGCCCUCCUUUUCCCCUGCUUCCCCAAUGAUCUGUGGGUCCUCUUGUUCUUGCCUUCACCUCCUCUUGUGCCUCCAUAUCCCAGAAAGUGGAGGAUAGUGGGGGCCCAUUGCCAUGACUGUGCCUGUCCAGUGAGAUGGUGGAAGGUCAGGGCUGGGCUGGGCCCACAUCAGACCCCUCAGCUUUGCCCCAUGCCCCUUGAGCUGAGCAGAGCUGUGCUUCUAGCCAGGACCAGAGAAAGAGAAAUGAGAGUUAUCUAUAAUUUUCUAAAUAAAGCCUUUACAUUCCA